CGGAAUUGUGGGCGACUCGACUAAUGGCGUCGGCGAGUUUUAGGGGCCUAGGGAGCUGGCGCUGAAGCUUUUUGCCAGCUUGGCUGGUGACACCCGGUGUGGCUGGGCCCGCGGCAGCGGAGGGACCUGCCCGCCUUGUGGGCUCCUCGGCCAGAGUCGGCGGAGCCUAGUGGGGCGGGGUGACUGCGGGGACGCCUCCGAGAGAAGCCGGAGGUGUUGCGGAGAGGCUGCUGGGGAACGCUCGAGCAAGCUCCGGGUUCGCAGCCCAGGGCCCCGCGGAGCCCCUGCAGGGACCAAGAAGCGGACUGCGGAAGGGCCAGAGACGCCGGGAGGGAGCUGCCGGUGGCCCCAAGGAGCUGACAGUGCCGGAGCUUGUUUGUACCUCUCCGAAAUUGGUUGGGAUCUUGGAGGAUCAUGUCCGGCACCAGUAGCCCCGAGGCGGUGAAGAAGCUGCUGGAGAAUAUGCAGAGCGACUUGCGUGCCUUGUCACUGGAGUGCAAGAAGAAAUUCCCACCUGUCAAGGAGGCUGCCGAAUCAGGAAUAAUAAAAGUUAAAACAAUAGCUGCGCGAAACACCGAAAUUUUGGCAGCACUGAAAGAGAACAGCUCAGAGGUUGUACAGCCUUUUUUAAUGGGUUGUGGAACCAAGGAACCGAAGAUCACUCAGCUGUGUUUGGCUGCUAUUCAGAGACUCAUGUCACAUGAAGUCGUGUCUGAGACUGCAGCUGGAAAUAUAAUUAACAUGCUUUGGCAGCUAAUGGAAAAUAGUCUUGAAGAACUUAAGCUACUUCAAACAGUUCUUGUUCUUUUAACAACCAAUACCGUAGUUCACGAUGAGGCACUUUCUAAGGCAAUUGUUCUUUGUUUUCGACUACAUUUCACAAAAGAUAAUAUUACAAAUAAUACAGCUGCUGCUACAGUGCGACAAGUUGUUACUGUUGUUUUUGAGAGGAUGGUUGCUGAAGAUGAACGACACAGAGAUAUUGUAGAACAACCAGUACUGGUACAAGGAAAUAGUAACAGAAGAUCUGUCAGUACCCUCAAACCUUGUGCUAAAGAUGCAUAUAUGCUUUUCCAGGAUCUUUGUCAGUUGGUUAAUGCUGAUGCUCCUUAUUGGCUAGUGGGCAUGACAGAAAUGACUCGGACGUUUGGCCUUGAAUUACUUGAGUCAGUCCUGAAUGAUUUUCCACAGGUCUUUUUACAACAUCAAGAAUUUAGUUUUCUCCUCAAAGAAAGGGUAUGUCCCCUUGUGAUAAAGCUCUUUUCUCCAAAUAUAAAGUUCAGACAAGGUUCCAGCACCUCAUCUUCUCCAGCACCAGUUGAAAAACCGUAUUUUCCUAUCUGCAUGCGUUUGCUGAGAGUAGUAUCUGUUCUGAUUAAGCAGUUUUACAGUCUUUUGGUAACUGAAUGUGAGAUAUUUCUGUCACUUCUGGUGAAAUUUCUGGAUGCAGAUAAACCACAGUGGCUACGAGCCGUUGCAGUGGAAUCAAUACACAGAUUUUGUGUGCAGCCUCAACUAUUAAGGUCAUUUUGUCAGUCCUAUGAUAUGAAACAGCAUUCUACUAAGGUUUUUCGUGAUAUUGUAAAUGCACUGGGAUCUUUUAUACAGUCCUUGUUUCUUGUCCCUGCUACUGGAAAUCCUGCUACAAGCAACCAAGCUGGAAACAAUAAUUUAGGUGGCUCAGCCUCAGCACCAGCUAACUCAGGAAUGGUGGGGAUUGGUGGAGGUGUUACUUUGCUACCUGCAUUUGAAUAUAGGGGAACCUGGAUACCUAUUUUAACAAUCACAGUUCAAGGCAGUGCUAAAGCCACCUACUUAGAAAUGUUGGACAAAGUUGAGCCUCCAACUAUCCCUGAAGGUUAUGCCAUGUCUGUGGCAUUCCAUUGUUUGCUAGACCUUGUUCGUGGAAUCACAAGUAUGAUUGAAGGAGAGUUAGGAGAGGUUGAAACAGAAUGUCAGACCACCACCGAAGAAGCUUCUUCACCAACACAGUCGUCAGAGCAGCAGGAUUUACAGUCCGCAUCAGACCAAGUGGAUAAGGAAAUUGUUAGUAGGGCUGUUUGGGAAGAAAUGGUGAAUGCCUGCUGGUGUGGUCUUCUUGCUGCACUCUCACUCCUUCUGGAUGCCAGCACAGAUGAAGCGGCCACUGAGAAUAUUUUAAAAGCUGAACUGACUAUGGCUGCUCUUUGUGGAAGACUGGGCCUUGUAACUUCAAGAGAUGCCUUUAUAACUGCAAUAUGCAAAGGUUCCCUGCCUCCUCAUUAUGCUCUUACUGUAUUAAAUACUACCACUGCAGCUACACUUUCCAACAAAUCAUAUUCUGUUCAGGGCCAAAGUGUUAUGAUGAUAAGUCCAUCAAGUGAAUCUCACCAGCAAGUUGUGGCAGUGGGUCAACCUUUAGCAGUCCAGCCUCAAGGGACAGUAAUGCUGACUUCGAAAAAUAUCCAGUGUAUGAGGACUCUACUUAACUUGGCACAUUGCCAUGGGGCUGUUCUUGGAACAUCAUGGCAACUUGUCUUGGCAACUCUUCAGCAUCUUGUAUGGAUUUUGGGAUUAAAGCCUAGUAGUGGCGGUGCCUUGAAACCUGGGAGAGCUGUAGAAGGACCCAGUACAGUUCUAACAACAGCAGUGAUGACCGAUUUACCAGUGAUUUCCAAUAUACUUUCAAGAUUGUUUGAAAGCUCACAGUAUCUUGAUGACGUAUCACUGCAUCAUUUAAUAAAUGCGCUUUGCUCCUUGUCUCUAGAAGCAAUGGAUAUGGCCUAUGGAAAUAAUAAGGAACCAUCUCUUUUUGCUGUUGCCAAAUUGUUAGAAACUGGUUUAGUUAAUAUGCACCGAAUAGAAAUUCUGUGGAGACCUCUGACUGGCCAUCUACUUGAGAAGGUCUGCCAGCAUCCAAACUCUCGAAUGAGAGAAUGGGGAGCAGAAGCUUUAACUUCCCUUAUUAAAGCAGGAUUAACAUUUAACCAUGAUCCUCCACUUUCACAAAACCAGAGGCUGCAGUUGCUUUUAUUGAACCCACUAAAGGAGAUGUCCAAUAUUAAUCAUCCGGAUAUUCGACUCAAGCAGUUAGAAUGUGUGUUGCAGAUUCUGCAGAGUCAGGGAGACAGUCUUGGGCCUGGAUGGCCAUUAGUGCUUGGAGUCAUGGGAGCAAUCAGAAAUGAUCAAGGAGAAUCCUUGAUACGAACUGCAUUCCAGUGUCUUCAGUUGGUUGUGACAGAUUUUCUGCCAACAAUGCCUUGUACUUGCCUACAAAUAGUUGUAGAUGUUGCAGGUAGCUUUGGUCUCCAUAACCAAGAACUUAAUAUUAGUUUAACCUCAAUAGGUUUAUUGUGGAAUAUUUCAGAUUAUUUUUUCCAACGAGGGGAAACUAUUGAAAAAGAACUAAAUAAGGAAGAGGCAUUACAGCAAAAGCAGGCAGAAGAGAAAGGAGUUGUUUUAAAUCGGCCAUUCCACCCUGCACCACCAUUUGAUUGCUUGUGGUUAUGUCUUUAUGCAAAACUGGGUGAACUCUGCGUGGAUCCUCGUCCUGCUGUCAGGAAGAGUGCAGGGCAAACUCUGUUUUCUACGAUUGGUGCACAUGGAACUUUAUUACAGCAUUCAACCUGGCACACUGUUAUUUGGAAGGUACUCUUUCAUCUACUGGACAGAGUUCGAGAGUCCUCUACCACUGCAGACAAAGAAAAGAUUGAGUCUGGAGGUGGCAAUAUUCUCAUUCAUCAUUCAAGGGACACAGCAGAAAAGCAAUGGGCUGAGACAUGGGUAUUAACAUUGGCUGGAGUAGCAAGGAUCUUCAACACUAGAAGAUAUUUGCUGCAACCUUUAGGAGAUUUUUCAAGAGCUUGGGAUGUUCUUCUUGACCAUAUACAAUCAGCAGCACUCAGCAAAAACAAUGAAGUGUCUCUGGCCGCUCUGAAAAGCUUCCAGGAAAUUUUACAGAUUGUGUCUCCUGCCAGAGACUUGGAUAAGCCUGAGACACCACCUGUAGUUAAUGUACCUGUGCCUGUUCUUAUAGGGCCCAUAUCAGGCCCUGGUAUGAGCCGGCCAUUUGUAAGAACAGAUUCCAUUGGAGAAAGACUUGGAAGAUAUAGUAGCUCUGAGCCACCCAUUGUUACUGAUGAGCUAGAAGAUUUGAAUCUAUGGUGGGCAGCAUGGAAUACCUGGUAUAGAAUUGGAUCUGAAAGUACUAAGCCUCCUAUUACUUUUGAUAAACUAACUUUUAUUCCUAGCCAGCCUUUUCUUACAGCUUUAAUUCAGAUAUUUCCAGCUCUCUACCAACACAUAAAAACUGGUUUCAACAUGGAUGACUUGCAAAAGUUGGGAGUCAUAUUGCACAGUGCUAUUUCAGUCCCAAUAAGUUCAGAUGCAUCCCCUUUUAUUCUUCCAUCUUAUACCGAAGCAGUUUUGACAAGUUUACAGGAAGCUGUACUUACAGCUUUAGAUGUUCUCCAAAAGGCCAUUUGUGUAGGACCAGAAAACAUGCAGAUAAUGUAUCCAGCUAUAUUUGACCAGUUGUUGGCAUUUGUAGAAUUUUCCUGUAAACCUCCACAGUAUGGACAGCUGGAAACAAAGCACAUUGCAAAUGCAAAAUAUAAUCAGAUCCAACUAUUUGCACCGGCGGAAUGGGUAGCCUUGAAUUAUGUGCCGUUUGCGGAAAGAUCUUUAGAAGUAGUUGUGGAUUUAUACCAAAAAACAGCGUGUCACAAAGCAGUGGUGAAUGAGAAAGUGCUCCAGAAUAUUAUUAAGACUCUUAGGGUUCCUCUCAGUUUGAAGUAUUCCUGCCCUUCUGAAAGCACAUGGAAACUGGCAGUAUCCUCUCUUCUCAAGGUUCUUUCUAUUGGACUACCUGUUGCCCGGCAGCAUGCUUCUUCUGGAAAAUUUGACAGUAUGUGGCCAGAACUAGCCAAUACUUUUGAAGAUUUUCUCUUUACUAAAAGCAUACCUCCAGAUAAUCUCUCUAUUCAAGAGUUUCAAAGAAAUGAAAAUAUUGAUGUUGAGGUAGUUCAACUUAUCAGCACUGAGAUACUACCUUAUGCCAAUUUUAUUCCUAAGGAAUUUGUUGGUCAGAUAAUGACAAUGCUUAACAAGGGCUCAAUACAUUCUCAGUCAUCUUCAUUUACAGAAGCAGAGAUUGAUAUUCGUUUGAGAGAAGAAUUUUCUAAAAUGUGUUUCGAAACAUUGCUUCAGUUUUCCUUCAGUAAUAAAGUCACAACACCUCAAGAAGGCUACAUCUCACGAAUGGCACUCUCAGUUCUUUUAAAGAGGUCCCAAGAUGUACUACGUCGCUAUAUAGAGGAUGAAAGAUUAAGCGGUAAAUGCCCUCUUCCAAGGCAACAAGUAACAGAAAUUAUAUUUGUUUUAAAAGCAGUCAGUACUCUUAUUGAUUCACUUAAGAAAACUCAGCCUGAGAAUGUUGAUGGAAAUACCUGGGCACAAGUAAUUGCCUUAUACCCAACUUUAGUAGAAUGCAUCACCUGCUCUUCUUCAGAAGUCUGCUCUGCACUUAAAGAAGCACUAGUUCCCUUUAAGGAUUUCAUGCAACCACCAGCAUCCAGAGUUCAAAAUGGAGAAUCUUGACCAGCUACAGUAUAUUUGAAAGAAGAAAGAUAUUCUAAAAAAUGUUUGUUCCUAACUGAAUCUUCUGUGGGAAGGACAUUUCUUACUACAAAUAAUUCUUGGCAGCUGUUGUUGGCCUCCUUUAGAUUCUACGUACCUAAGUUCAGUAAUUCAUAUUACAAGCUUGCACAUCAACAAAGGCCCCUGAAUGAGUAGCAGUGCAAGCCUUUAAUAAAUUAAACUGAUGGGAUGGAUAAUUAAUACUAUAGUAUACAUGCUACUAUAUCUCCAGUUGGUGAUUUAAAGUGAGCUUAUGUACAGUUUGUGGUGUAUCUGUUAAUGAUGUACUUUUUAAAAAGAAAGAAGAGAUACUUCAGUCAGAUUUAUUAGGCUGGUGUUUUUGCAACCUUUUUCAAGUACAAAAUCGUACUAGAAUUUUAUGCAAGAUGGUACUGUAACAUUCCAUAUUAUCUAUAACCAGCCUUUAUUAACAAAGGGAACUGAUAUACUUGUGUGUAUAAUAAAUGGUACAGUUCUGUAUAAAAUAGUUGCAUUUAUUUAAAUUUUAAAAGUAUCGAUAAUGUUAAAUGCUUAAAGCUCUAUUUAUUAUUAAUACAAAAUUGUUUGCUUAUGUUUUCACUUAUAAUUUGCCUUCUUAUGUGGCAGAUAAGCUCACUAUAUGAUCAUGCAGUUAGCCUCAUGCUUGUAUAUUAGUGACCAUUAAACAUCUGACCAGUAAGGUCAUGUGAACACAGCAGCAAAUAGUUUAUGAUUUGCUGAUUUUGCAACUUCAAAAUAUAGGUUAUUAAUACAUUGAUAUAUAUUGUAGCACUUUGACUUCAUCAUACCUCAUUUCUUUAAACAGCUCUCCAAGCUUUCACUGAAGUCUGUCUGAUUUUUAUAUUUGCUGUCUGAAUUUUAAAGACUUUUCAUAUUUUAUAUUUCUACUGAUUUUGUUUCCCCUGACAACAUUUGUCACUGUCUUUGAAUUAUGACCCAGGCAAGAUGAUUUCAGAUUUUCUAAAAUUUUGCCUGUGAGGUUUUGUUCAUUUCAGUGCUUCAUUUUGUAAUGUCUUCUCAAGAAGAAAAAUACCUAUGUUAACUCACAAGUAUAAAAUAUGUGUGUAUUAUAAAACAAUGAAAAGUGUAUUUUUGGAGAUAGUCAAGCAUUUAAAAGUGCAGUGAACUUGCUGUCAUGGAGUAAAAUGCUAAUUAUGUUUCACUUCCUAUCCUAGUGAAAAAGAAAAGUGCUCUUGAGUACAAUACCUUAAUUAUUUCUUAAAAUACUGACUUUGACCUAGCUCACUGUAUUUUUUAUUUAAUGGAUUAUAAUAUUUUUCUUCUGAGUUAAAUUGUCAUAAUUUAUGUGAAGACACAAAGAUGUUUAAAACAAUGAUUAUUCAUAAGAAA